UUGGGGGGGCAGGUGGGAACACAUCCCCAGCCAUCCCGCCCGGGCUUUGGGAAGGGGAGUCUCGGAGACUGGUGGGUGGGUACAGAUAAAUCAGGGUGUGGGUCGGAGGUGGUUGAUGGGAUGAGCAAGUUAUUGCCCGAUUGUUUGGGGGAACAAUAUCCGACGGAUGCCGGCGUGUUAACCUGAGAGAGUUGGCUUGCUUUGGUCGGGUCCCUGUGCCGGUAACGCGGAUGUGUGCUGGACAUCUCUCUGUGUGACUGUGAGCCUCUGAUGUACCUGAUUCUGCUGACGUGCUCCGGUCACCGUUGCAAUGGUCCUUUUCUGGAGAGGUGAAGAGGGUCCCCAGAUCUGGAAAUGUUGGCUAGAUAAACCUUCUCUGUUAGUUAAUGGCACUUCCCCAAAACUGAGGGGGGUGAAGACGUAAGUUUGUUUAAUGUUCAUCUUGUUAUUGUAGCUACCCCCAGAGCCUUAAAGAUUCUGCCCAGAAGAGUUUCCCUUGCACGCCGGAGCAGGGUUGGUGGACGGAUUUAAAAGGGGAAAUAAUCCUGGUUUGCAAUAGGCAAAACUGACGCAUUCGCUUUAUUUAUUUUGUGUGUGGACGGACAUUAGGUCUGGUAACCAUGCAUGAGGGCGGGGGAAUCUCCAAGUUACAAGACUGAAAACGGUACAAAUCGGUCAGCGAUCGAUGCUAAAAGAAAAUCCAUAUUACUCGAACAUGGGCAAUGCACGGAGUGUGAGGGCCAGUGAAUCGGGCGUUCCGGUACUGCUUCCCUUGAUGGCAAAGUGUCCAUCUCUCUCUCUCUCUCUCUCAACCUCAAUCUUUGUUGUGGACGGUCGCGCUCUGAGAUACCUGAUGCUGGGGCGACCUCCCGUUUCUGUACAAAGAGGAUGACAUCUUCGGAGAACUUCCCGAAUUCUUCCCAUCUGAUCCUCCGGAGCCCCUGCCGCAUUUUCUGAUGGAACCCCGGGAUGCGUACAUAGUGAAGAACAAGCCCGUGAACCUGUACUGCAAAGCAACCCCUGCUACUCAGAUUUACUUCAAAUGUAACAGUGAGUGGGUCCAUCAGAAGGAACACACGACGGAGGAGUACGUGGACGACACUUCUGGGCUCAUCGUGAGAGAAGUGAGCAUCGAGAUCUCCAGGCAGCAGGUGGAGGAACUCUUUGGGCCGGAGGAUUACUGGUGCCAGUGUGUUGCGUGGAGUUCCUCUGGAACCACCAAGAGCCACAAGUCCUACGUCCGGAUUGCAUAUCUGCGGAAGACCUUCGAACAGGAACCAUUAGGCAAAGAGGUAUCAAUGGAGCAAGAGGUGCUUCUUCAGUGCCGUCCCCCUGAAGGUAUCCCAUUGGCUGAGGUGGAGUGGCUGAGGAAUGAGGAGGUCAUCGAUCCAGAGGAGGACCGGAAUUUCUACCUGACCAUCGACCACAACCUGAUCAUCAAACAGGCCAGGCUGUCUGACACCGCCAACUACACGUGCAUCGCCAAGAACAUCGUGGCCCGACGCCGAAGUACCACAGCCACUGUCAUCGUCUAUGUAAAUGGAGGCUGGUCCACAUGGGCAGAGUGGUCAGCCUGCAACAGCCGAUGUGGGCGCGGCUACCAGAAACGGACACGGACCUGCACCAAUCCCGCGCCUCUCAACGGAGGGGCCUUCUGCGAUGGCCAGAGUGUCCAGAAAAUUGCCUGCACCACCAUGUGUCCUGUGGAUGGUGGGUGGACAGAAUGGAGCAAGUGGUCAACGUGUGGGACAGAGUGCAUGCACUGGCGGAGGAGGGAGUGCACUGCCCCUGCCCCUAAAACCGGUGGGAAGGACUGCCACGGACCCGUGCUAGACUCCAAAAACUGCACUGACGGGCUAUGCAUGCAAAGUUUGUUUUAUCACAUUUCCAAAGAACAAAAAGGUCGCACAGAUUUUGGAUAUUCCUCUGCACCAGGCUCCGAUGACGUCGCGCUCUAUGUGGCCGUGGUCGUCGCUGUGAUCGUGUGCCUGGCCAUCUUGUUGGUCGUGGUGAUGUUAGUCUACCGCAAGAACCACCACGACUUCAGUUCCGACAUCAGAGACUCUGCAGCCCUGAACGGUGCUUUCCAGCCAGUGAAUGUCAAGACAUCCAGGCCAGACAACUCCCACCUCCUCGCCGUACAGCCAGACCUCACCGCGGCUGCAGCCAUGUACAGAGGACCCAUGUACGCCCUCCACGACAUCUCGGACAAGAUCCCAAUGACCAACUCUCCGCUGCUUGAUCCGCUGCCCAACCUCAAGAUUAAGGUGUUCAACUCAUCCUGUGGGGUCACCCCACAAGGCGAGUCUGUGGACCUGGCUUCGAAGCUCUCACCACAGCUCACGGAGUCGCUACUUGACAACGAGGCUCAGAACGUCAAGAACCAAAGCCUGUUCCCGCAGCUGGAGCCAUCGUGUAGUGCCCUGGGGAACUUCAACAUCCUGGGAGGACACCUCACCAUCCCCAACUCAGGUGUAAGCUUGUUGGUGCCAGCGGGAGCUAUUCCCCCAGGAAGAGCCUAUGAAGUGUAUGUGACUGUCCAUCGGAGAGACAACAUGAGGCCGACACUGGAGGGCAGCCAGACCCUGCUGAGCCCAGUGGUGAGCUGUGGACCCGCCGGUGCCUUGCUGACCAGACCCAUCGUCCUGACCAUCCAUCACUGCGCUGAACCUAACAUGGAGGACUGGAUCUUUCAACUCAAGAGCAUGUCCGCCGAAGGAACCUGGGAGGACGUGGUGGUACUUGGAGCGGAGACCCUCACCACCCCUUGUUACGUUCAGCUGGACACCCACGCUUGCCACGUAGUGACUGAGCAUCUUGGUACCUACUGCCUGGUAGGACAAUCCGUCAACAAGUCAGCAACCAGGCGCCUGAAGCUGGCCAUAUUUGCACCGGCAGUGUGUGCCUCACUGGAGUACUCUAUCCGUGUCUACUGCCUGCAUGAUACACAGGAUGGGCUGAAGGAAGUAAUUCAGCUGGAGAGACAAAUAGGAGGACAACUGGUGGAUGAACCAAAGACCCUUCUAUUUAAGGACAGCACUUACAACUUGCGCUUGUCUGUCCACGAUAUACCACAUUCCCUCUGGAGAAGCAAACUGCUCACAAAGUACCAGGAGAUUCCGUUCCACCAGAUUUGGAGUGGGUGCCAACGAAACCUGCACUGCACCUUCACGCUGGAACGCUUUAGUCUUGUCACUGCCGAGCUGGUAUGUAAACUGUGCGUGCGACAAGUAGAGGGAGAGGGACAGAUCUUCCAGAUCCAGAGCACCUUGUCUGAGGACAUGCGGCCAAUGGAGGUGGAGCCAGAGACCAGUGUCACCACCCUGAUGGGUCCCAGUGCCUUCAGGAUCCCAUUCUCCAUCCGGCAGAAGAUCUGCAGCAGCCUGGAUGCUCCGAACAACAGAGGCAAUGACUGGAGACUGCUGGCACAUAAGCUUAACCUGGACGGUUACCUGAACUACUUUGCAACCAAAUCCAGCCCGACUGGUGUCAUCCUGGACCUGUGGGAAGCCCAGAACUUCCCGGAGGGGAACCUCAGCUCUCUGGCUGCAGCCCUGGAGGAGAUGGGAAGACACGAGACGGUGGUGUCCCUGGCGACCGAGAUGAAGCGCUGAGCGCAGAGCAGGGGGGGUGGUGAGCCUGCUUUAGCUAAAGGGGGGAAGCACUGGAUGACAGGUGACCUGCCCCGUUCCAUCUGAUCAGUCCCGACUGAAACCCUCUCUCUAAUAUCAUGCGCGCUAUCGCAAGGUUUGAGCAUUGUGCUAGUUUUAGCAACACCUCCCCACCUGCCUCCUGAAGCUUUCAUCUCAGCUUGACUGUACACAGCCUGGUACAGGUCUCUUUAUAGUUUCUUAGGAAACGGAAUUAUAUAUCCAAAUGAAUGGAUCGAACCUUGCCAGCAGUCCUUAUUUCUGCCAUUUCACGAGAGACGGAUUUGCUUCGUGUGUCUGAAGCGUUGGCUCGUUGUUGCUCCUUUCUGUCCUGUGGCUACUCUGAGGUUCUUGGCAAUGUUUCCACACACCUGACGGAGAACUGCAUUCCUUGGCGACUCUGAAGAUUGUCCGGAACUCCUCGGUGGAUCUUCCUCUGUUUGUCGCUCGGAAUGCCAUGCAUCAGCAGCAGUGGAACCGAUCGAUUGUAGUGGAGAGCACACCAUCGGUGCAAGGAACCAACUUAGCCCCCACCCACACACACCCACACAAACACACACCCACACACACACACCCACACAGAUACACACCCGCCACAUGUCCCUACCUUCACACAAGUUCUGCCCAGAACAUUUUCCUCAGCCGUGUUUUUUGAAGAAACCCUUCUGCUUUUCUACACCCCACCCCCCCGCCCCCGAACUUGUUCGUUGUCGCGUUAACCGAGAGACGAAAUCUGUCAGGUAAACUUCAGGACACCCGGGGCAGACGUAUUGAGGUGUGUCAGUGUGUUUCCAAUCAAUGAAUUAUAAGCAGUUGUGAUAAAAUGUGUAUAAAAGUUUUACUGUAAAGCAUACAUUUGUAUCAAACGCCUCAAUGCUCAUGUGAAUUCAGAAUAUUUUUGAAUAAAUUCCGCUUUUUGAGAUCAUAAUUCCCACUGGAUCCCAGAGGUUUUAUUACCAUGUAGGAGGAACUUCCUUAAAUUCAGUCAUGGGAUCUUUGUGUCAUUGGCCUUGGUAAAUGAGCUAUACCUUGAAGCCGGUGCAGUCCAUGUGAUGAUAGUGCUCCCACAGUGUGGACCAGCACAGUUAAGACCAAUAGGUUUCUUUCCCAGAAGAGCGUCAGCAAACAGUUAUGUUCCCCAGCUGCUGAGGUGAGACUUGAACCCGAAUCUCGAGGCCGCUAGUCCACAGAUUACUUGUCAGUUACAUUACCGCUCUUCCACCGUAGCUCAGGGUCAUUCUCCCAGUGUCAGGUUCCAGAAGUGUGCCCACAGACAUGUGUGAACAGGAGCUGUUCAGUUUUACAACAAACAAUCCGCUGGAGGAAUUCAGCGAGCUGAGCAGCAUCUGUUAGAGUAGGAAUUAUCGACAUUUCAGGUUGAGACCUUGAAUCAAGACUCCUGAUGCAGGGUUUCGACCCAAAACGUCAACAAUUCCUCCCCACCCCCGCAACAGAUGCUGCUCGACCUGCUGAGUUCCUCCAGCAGAUUGUUUGUUGCUCUAGAUUCUGGCAUCUGCAGUCUCUUGUGUCUCCUGUUUUACACCGAGUCGAGUUCUUGCCUCAAGUGGCUCUGAUAGAAAUGAAUUUUCAAAUCAUUUUAGGUUAACCUGAUAGAGAUUUUCCUUGAUAAGAGGACCUUAGAGUUACAGAGCAAUACAGCACAGAUACAGGUCCUUCAGCCCAAACACGCCGACCACAGUGCCCACCCAGCUAGUCCCAGUUCCCUGCGUUCAGCCCAUAUCCCUCCAAGCCCUGCCUCUCCAUGGACCUAUCCAAGUGACACUGUUGUACCUGCCUCACCCACUUCUUCUGGCAGCUCGUUCCAUAUAUUCACCACCUUCUGCGUGAAAACAUUGCCCCUCGGGUCACUUUUAAAUCUUUCCCCUCUCACCCUAAACCAAUGCCCCCUAGUCUUGGCUGUUUGGACAGGGUCACAUGACAGGGAGUGGAGUGUCUUGUGGCCUUGGUGAUGGCUGGUGAUGGAACUCCUACCCGACAAUGAGUUUCCCAUUUUGUGUGCAGUUGUGAGUAAGAUUGAGCUGAUGACUGGUCAACAGUUCCGGACGUGCGGCAGGCAUUGGUGAGCCUGUCAGAGUGAGGCGGGCUCCUGCAACUUGUGCACCAGCCCUCUGACCUCUCAUUCCUACUAAGUCUGGGAAAUGGGAGAACAAUCCUUAGUGCCUGAAGCCAAAGACUUCAAACAUCUCGUACCUGGCUCUUCCACUAUUUGCCACAGCUGGAGCAUCUACUGCCUCCCUCUUCAUCUGGGUUUGUAGAGUCACAUGGAAACAGGCCCUUUGGCCCAACUGCCUACCGAGAUGCCCCAUCCAAGCUCAUCCCAUUUGCCCACAUUUGGCCCAUAACCUCCUAAACCUUCCCUAUCCAUGUACCCGUCCAACUGUCUUUUAAAAGUUGUUUAUGUACCUGCCUCAGCCAUUUCCUCUGGCAGCUCAUUCCACAUACGGACCACCCUCUGUGUAAAAAAGUUGCCCCUCAUCUUCCUAUUAAAUCGUUCCCCUCUUGAGAUGUUUCUUCAUUAAUUUUAUUGAAUUUUCUUCUUCUUAAUUAACUUACAUCAGUUAAUAUUUUCUAAUAUAUUUUCAGUAUUGUUUUUAAUUAUUUAAGGGUGUUUCAGCUAUUUCUGACUGUGUUUGAUCAGGAUGCCAGGGACAGGGUCUCAGGUUCCACUACCUGAGUCCCAGUUGACAUCUCCAGAGUACUCCGCCCCGUGGCAGUGACAACUCAGAACUUUGGGAGCCACGUGGCCACACAAGGUAAGUUGAACUAACACCGGGAGCAUCCCUGAAGUGUGAUAAAGUCCGACGUUUAGCAGAGGACAGCUCACAAUAAAGGAAUUAUUAGAUUUAAGUUGGUGAUGGUCCCAAACCUUCUAAACAUCCCAUAAACAUUUCUGCAGGUUUGGUGCUUAGAGCAACUGAGACAAAACUCACGACAGAACCUUCCAGGGCCACAGGCGGCCAAUGCAUGCCGUAAGUUCCAUGGGCCAAUAUGAAGGGAUAGGUCCACUGAUUUGUGCCCAGUGUGACAAAGCUGUGGGGAAAGGACGGGGACGUGGAAUUGAAGCUGUAGAUAGGGCAUGAGCUUGAAUGAUAGUUCAGGACCCAGGGGCUGAAUGGCCAGCUCCCUUUAUUGUUCUGCUGUGAUUCCAGGGUCAUUUAACCAGGCUUCCCAAAACUAUAAGCCCAUACUUACUAACUCUAUGAGAUAUUUAGAGGUGUAUAAAACCAUGAGGGGCAUAGAUAAGGUGAACGUGCACAAUCUUUUACCCAGGGAAAGGGAACCGAAAACUAGAGGUCAGAGGUUUAAGGUGAGAGGGGAAAGAUUUAAAAGGGACCUGAGGGGCAACUUCUUCAUGCAGAAGGUGGUAUAUGGUAGUUGAGGCGGGAACAUUAACAACAUUUAAAAGACAUGUGGAUAAGUACUUGGAUGGGAAAGGUUUAGAGCGAUAUGGGUCAAAUCGAUGGUCUAGCUUGUUGGGCACCAUAGUCAGUAUGGACGAGUUGGGCCAAAGGGCCUGUCCCAUGUUGUAUUACUCUGUGACACUAUGUAUGAAGCACUGUACAUGACAGAGAGAAUUCAUCCCAUCAGUAGCACAAAACUCUCUACAAAGUGACAACAGGGCCUUUCCUAUUAUUCAUUGUGUUAACUUCAUUAGAAACAAGGUUCAGAGAUGUUGGAACAUGUGCUACUGCUGCUGUAUAGAACAUUUAACGCUAUUGACAGAUGAUGGCUUCAGAGGCAACUUUAUUUGAUUGCUGUGUUCUGUGGUGCAAGUUACAGAUCACAACCAUAGUUACUAUUGCAUCAUUGUGAUAUUCCACACCGAGUCUCGCUUGUAUUUCUAGCUUGACACUCUUAAUCUACACCUGGAUGUGGCAGAAUUGUCAGUAUGCAUGGCAGAGCAGUUACUGAAGUGAGCUGUGCUGAUCCUGAGUGAAAGCUGCUAAGUUGAUUUCAAGUCCUCUUUACACCACAGCAGGGUGAUACAUUUCCAAGCUAGGAUAGUGUGCUGGGAGGCGAACCUGCAGGUGGUGGUGCUGCCCUUGUCCUGCAGGUUUGGGAGGUGCUGUUGGAGUAGUCUAGCUGAGUAACUGCAGUGCAUUUUGUAAAUGGUGCACAUUGCACUCACCGUGUGCUAGUGAUGGAUGGGAUGAAUGUUUAAGCCAAUCGGAGGAACGUUCAUCAAGUGUAUGCUUCCAAUGCAGUACCAUGGAUAAUGUGAGUUUAUUCCUUCUGGGUUAGGAUCUGGAAGAUUUCUUAGCUUAAUCUGGCCAAAAAUCUGAUUUCACCUUUCCUCUAAAGUAGCACCAGAAGGAAAUUCUUCCGGCAUUUUCCGGUCUCGUUUGGGUGCACAGAACAUUCCAGAUAAUCCCCUCAUACAUUGCUCCAUUGAUCUCAGUCAUCCCACCACAAGGGCUGCUGAAUACCGGGGUCAUUCGGUUAGAAGCUUGUCUCGUCAUGACUCCAAGGUCGUGAGACGUAAGGUCGGUUUCAGGUCCAUUGCUGGAGAAAGGCAGGGGAAAGAUUUAAGAGGAACAUGAGGGGCGACUUUUUUACACAAAGGGUGGUAUUUAUGUGGAAUCAGCUGCCAGAGGAAGUGGUUGAGGCAGGUUCAAUAACAACAUUUAAAAGGCAGUUGGACAGGUACAUGGAUUGAAAAGGUUUAGAAGGUUAUGUGCCAAACACUGGCAAAUGGGACUAACUUGGAUGGGGUGUCUUGGUUGGCAUGGACCAGUUGGGCCGAAGGGCCUUCUUCUGUGCUGUAUGACACCAUGAGCCUAAAUAGUCUUUGUGUGGGGUCGGUGACAGUGGACCAGAUUGGUCUGACCUUCGCAGGUGGUUCUGUGGCGAAUCCUCUGCAGUACAACAGCCUUCUCCUUCCCAGCCUCAGCCUCACCUGCAUUUUGUCUCACGCUGAACUUCAAUAUCAGCGCACCUGACCUUCACCUCUGCGGUAGGAUUCACCAGGGGUGGGACACAAACAUAGGGACUGGAUGGACUUCCCAUCACCCCCUACGUUUUACCCUUGGUGAUUAUAAUGUGGUCCUGUUCUUUAGAAUGGGUCACCAACCCUGGUUGAGAUCGUGUGGAGAUAAGUGUCUUUACUCCCCCCCUUUAUUUUUAAUCAAGUUUUUUUGCGCUUUUGUUUAAUCUGUUGGAGCAAUUUUUAAAUGCCUCUGAUUAUCAGUGAAUUUUUAAAACUGUGACAGCAGUGAACUGUCAAAAGGCCAUCAGGGUGAUCUGGGACGGUGCAUUCCCCACUGGGGCGGGGCAUCUGAAUCUCCCCCUUGAGGCUCAGCCAGCACUCCCACCUUACAAAAUGUGGGCGUCCAGGACCACGGGUUUACAAUGUUGCAGGAAGUAAACGUGGCCAAGUGACCCAUUGGUAAUGGUGUAUUACCAUCACAUUGUCACGAGAUACAGUGAUAAGCUUUGAUUUGCAUGCCACCCAAACAGAUCAUCUGUACAGCGAGGUGGUAUAAAGAAAAACAGAAUGCAGAAUAUAGUGUUACAGUUACAGAGAAAGGGCAGUGCAGCAGAUAAAUCAAGUGCAAGGACCACGACGAGAUAGAUUGGGAGAUCAAGGGUUCAAAAUUUCAUCUUUUAGCAUAUGAGAGAUCCAUUCAUGAGUCUGAUUACAGCAGGAAUAGAAGCUGUCCUUGAGUCUGGUGGUACGUGGUCCUGUAAGUGAUCACUUUCCUAUUCAUCUGCACCAGCUCAUUAGAGGUGAGACACUUCUUUGGGAAUAAAGAUUGAGAAGAGUGUGUUGAGUGAUGACACGUUCCUGCUUGACACCGAUCUGCAGUGGGAUUGGGACUGGUGGGAUCUUCUUGGUUAGAAUCACAGCAUGGAGGUGGAACAGAGUGAAUUUCUCCACAACUAAGGGCUAUCUACCCUCAUACCAGAUUGGUUCCAGGGCUACAGGGGGAUUCGAGGAGAGAUUAAGCGGACUGGGGCGAUAAUCAGAGUUUAGAAGAAUGAGGGACGUUUAUUCAAAAAUUCCAUUGGGGUUGGUGUUUGCAGGGAUAAUGAAUCAGAAUCAGGUUCAUUAUCACUGUCAUAUGUCGUGAAAUUUGUUGUUUUGCGGCAGCAGUACAGUGCAAGGACAUAAAAAAACCAUAAAUUUACAAAAUAAAUAAAUAGUGCAAUAGAAGAAACAAUGAGGUAGUGUUCAUGUCUGUUCAGAAAUCUGACGGCGGAGAGGAAGAAGCUGUUCCUGAAACGUUGAGUGUGGGUCUUCAGGCUCCUGUACCUCCUCCUUCAUGGUAGUAACGAGAAGAGGGCAUGUCCCAGAUGGUGAGGGUCCUUAGUGAUGGAUGCCGCCUUCUUGAGGCACCGCCUCUUGAAGAUGUCCUCGAUGCUGGGGAGGGUUGUGCCCGUGACGGAGCUGGCUGAGUCUACAGCCCUCUGCAGCCUCUUGCGAUCCCGUGCAUUGGAGCCUCCAUACACUCAGAAUGCUCUCCACCGUACACCUGUAGAAAUUUGCAAAAGUCUCCUCAAACUCCUAAUGAAGUAGAGCUGCUGGCGUGCCUUCUUUGUGACUGCAUCAAUGUGUUGAGCCCAGGACAGAUCCUUGGAGAUGUUCACCCAGGAAAUUAAAGCUGCUUAAAAACUUGAAACUUAAUGUUUCUACCGGCUGGACUGUUGCAACCAGUGGUGCUCACAAACUCAAUACAAAGGCUAGGCUACUGAGGAUUGAGGUGAGAAGAAAUUUUUUUUCACUCAGAGGGUGGAGAAUCUUUGGAAUUUUCUUUUCAGGAGGGCUGUGGAGGCAGGGAUCAACAGAUUUUUGGGUAUUGAGGGAAUAAGGGGAUAUGGGGUUAGUUAGACAACUUGGUUGGAAUGGACGAUUUGGACCGAAGAGCCUGUUUUCUGUACUGUAUGACUCUAUGACUCGGUGAAGGAAUGUGACACUAAUGAUCUUGUUGAAUGGCAGAACUGUACAGAGGGGCCGAAUGGCCAAUUCCUGCUUCUAUUUCUUACAUUCUGAU